AUGUCUACAUCCCAACGUGUCUCAGACACAUGGUUGGCAGGGAAGAACAUCGAUCCCGAGCUGCUCAAGCCUCUAGAUGCCGCCUUCGAUUCCAUCCCCGAUGUGAUAGAUGCUUUCGCCAACGACGAAUUCGUCAUUGUCCUCGACAGCCCCGACCGCGAAAACGAAGGCGAUCUCAUCAUCGCUGCUUCAGCCCUCACCACCGAGAAAGCCGCCUUCAUGAUCCGCUACACUUCCGGCUACAUCUGCGUCCCCAUGCCCACACAACGCUGCGCCGAGCUCGGUCUGGAACCAAUGGUCACAAAGAACCAGGACCCCCACCGCACCGCCUACGCCAUCACGGUAGACGCAAACCACCCAGACAUCACGACGGGAAUAUCCGCGCACGACCGCGCGUUGACCUGUCGCCAGUUGGCGAACCCCCAAAGCAAGCCGAGCGAUCUCAGAAGACCUGGUCACAUCGUACCGUUGCACGCACGCCCAGGCGGCGUGCGGGAACGCAAGGGACACACCGAAGCCGCCGUGGACCUGUGCCUGCUUGCCAGAAAACAACCGGUCGGCGCCAUCUGCGAGAUUGUGCGGGACGGGGAGCCCGUCAAAGGCAAGCCCGAGUUCCGCAACAGCGGGAUGAUGCGCAGGGAUGAGUGCCUUGCUUUCGGAAAGGAGUUUGGCAUCAAAGUGUGCACGAUUGAGGAUUUGUAUCGGUUUUGGCAGGCCGUCGAUGGAGCGUCGAACAUCACCGCAUAG